AUGACAUCAGUUGAUCAGGGAAAGCUCAGUAGUCUGGUAGACAUGAACCCCGACAUUAACUUCGCCUUCGGGCUCCUCAACGAGAUCUUAUCGAGGAUCACCUUCAGCCACCUAUGCAACGUAAUCAGCGUCGUCGUCUCGUGCUUCACGCUAUACGUCCUCAUCCAAGUCAGAAAUGCCGUCCGACGGCUGGAAGCUGAGGCGACCAUUACACGAGCAGUCGAACGACGGACCGAUAUCCGGAUUGGUAUCGAGACAUUGGGCGCAAUCCGAGAGAUCGUGGAGAGUCUUCGGGGCGCGCAGAACAGGCCACGCACAAGACAGGAGGCGGGUAUGGAGCCACCACGGGCGAGGGAGGUCGAGGCCGGCGCACACGAGGAGGGGCGUGCGAGUGUGGAGGGCGCUAUCGUGAGAUCAGAGAGCACGAGGGAGGAGAAGGUCGCGAAGGCGUUGCAGGACUUGACGCAGAAGCAGUGGGGGGAGUUUGAGCCUGAGGAGGCGGAUUGGUAG